AUGCAUGUGUGCACGUUGGCGCGCUGGCGGGUAAGGCCGGGGGGGGGGGGUGGCGCAGCGGUGUUUUAUUUACUCCAUCGGGGAGGACAUCGAUCUUCUUUGGCUGCCCGCGCCUGUUCGACGCGGUCUGAGUGGCCGGCAUGGAUGAGGGCUCGUCGGGGAUCACGGGGAGGUUUGCCGCCCGUCCGAUUUUUUUUUUUUUUUUGGGUUGUGGGAGAUCUCCGUAUCAUUUUUGUUCAUUGCCGCUUUCCUGAGCGGCUUAUUUUUUAUUUUUAUUUUUGGCUGCUGGCGGACGUUGCGGCCCCACUGGCUGCGUUGUGUGGUGGCGUGACGGGUGUCUUGCCGCCCUGCCCCCCAUUCAUGUGGAGGAGGCACGAAGUGCCUGUUGUUAUUUUUAUUUCUUCUUCUUUUUUCUGCCACGCCGCCGUCGUUGCUUGUGUCUCUGUUUGUAUUGCUGGGCGUGCCACAAUCAUCGCCGAUUUACGCGGCGGCCAACGGGGUGGUGACGAUGAUGGGACGAUACCGGCAGCACCCACACGGGGCUUUGAUCAUCUCUCAAGAAAAACACACACACAAAGAAAAAUAUAUGAAUGUCUUUGA